AUGAUUGUUCUUUCCGUAAUAAUACUCAUCUUCUUUUCUUCUUCUUCUCCUUCUUCUUCUUCUUCUUCUUCUUCGUUUCGCCUAUUAUUAUUAUUAUUAUUAUUAUUAUUAUUAUUUUUUAUUAUAAUUAUUCCUCUUCUUCUUUCUCUUCUUCUUCCUAUUAUUCAUCAUCAUCAUCAUCAUUAUCAUAUUAUUAUUAUUACUACUAAUAAUAAUAAUAAUCUUCUUCUCUUUCUCUAUUAUUCUUAUUCUUCUUAUUUUUACUCCUCUUCUUCUUCCUCUUCUUCCUCCUAUCAUCAUCAUAUUAUUACUACUACUACUACUACUACUACUACUACUCUUCCUCUAUUAUUAUUAUUAUUAUUCAUCUUUUUUCUCAUAUUAAUAUUAUUAUUACUACCACUCUUCUUCUUCUCGUCCCCUAUUAUUAUUAUUAUUAUUAUUAUUUCUCUUCAUCUUCCUCUUCUUCUUCCUAUUAUUAUUCAUCAUCAUCAUAUUAUUAUUAUUAUUACUACUAGUAAUAAUACUCUUCUUUUUUUCUUCUUCUUGACAGUCCUGCUUCUGUAG